CUCAACCCCAAAUUUCAACCCCACUCAUCCUGGAGUCUUUGUUGAGGGCUUCUUUUUAAACUGGGGGAUCUAAAUUUCUAAUUGUGCCUUUACAAUUAGCAAAUCUUAAAUGCCUUAAAUUGUCACUUUACGAAGAAGCAACUUGCUUUGUGGGUUUUUUUGUUUUUUGUUUUUUUGUUUUUCUUCCAAAUUAAGUCCUUAAUAACACAAAAUAACUUAUGCCACCGUUUAGGCUUAGUGAGGCACCUUCAGAAAAUGUAUAGAGUGUUUAUUUUCCAAGUCAAGAGAGAAAGUAAAGAGGAACUUUAUGGAGGCGAAAUAAAACAGUUGUACAGAACACAUUUACAGGGCACAUUAAGUCGGUUUUUGUCUAUGGUUCUUUCCCUUUAUGGCAUAUGUUAUAUAUUGACAGGGAUUAAGUUUCUCUCCUGAAUGGAACAAUACACAGUCACAGGGAGCUACUGUACUUUACAAAGCAACAGACAUCAGCACAGGCAAAUGGCAAAUAGAAACGCAUCUCACAGAGAACUAACCAGGUCCAUGGGAAGCACAGUGCUUGACUUCAUCUUUUGCAAUUCUGCAUCUUUUGCAUUUCCCUUCUCGCUCUGCUGCUCGCUCGCCUUUCUUUUUCGUCCUUUUCCCCCUUUUUUGCUCGCACUGUUACACUUUCUCUGUCCUCCUGGCUUUGUUAUUCAGCAUGUCUGAUUAGCAGGAGCCUGAUUGGCUGGCUGCCUGCUCCGAGAGAGAUUCCAUUCAGCUUACCCCCCCACCCAUCCACCCACCCACCCCUCGGUCAGGAAAUGUGAGCGGGGCUGAUGGAAGCUGAUAGGCAGGACUGGAGUGUUAGCACCAGUACUGGAUGUGACAGCAGGCAGAGGAGCACUUAGCAGCUUAUUCAGUGUCCGAUUCGGAUUCCGGCAAGGAUCCAAGCAUGGAAUGCUGCCGUCGGGCAACUCCUGGCACACUGCUCCUCUUUCUGGCUUUCCUGCUCCUGAGUUCCAGGACCGCACGCUCCGAGGAGGACCGGGACGGCCUAUGGGAUGCCUGGGGCCCAUGGAGUGAGUGCUCACGCACCUGCGGGGGAGGGGCCUCCUACUCUCUGAGACGCUGCCUGAGCAGCAAGAGCUGUGAAGGAAGAAAUAUCCGAUACAGAACAUGCAGUAAUGUGGACUGCCCACCAGAAGCAGGUGAUUUCCGAGCUCAGCAAUGCUCAGCUCAUAAUGAUGUCAAGCACCAUGGCCAGUUUUAUGAAUGGCUUCCUGUGUCUAAUGACCCUGACAACCCAUGUUCACUCAAGUGCCAAGCCAAAGGAACAGCCCUGGUUGUUGAACUAGCACCUAAGGUCUUAGAUGGUACUCGUUGCUAUACAGAAUCUUUGGAUAUGUGCAUCAGUGGUUUAUGCCAAAUCGUGGGCUGCGAUCACCAGCUGGGAAGCACCGUCAAGGAAGAUAACUGUGGGGUCUGCAACGGAGAUGGGUCCACCUGCCGGCUGGUCCGAGGGCAGUAUAAAUCCCAGCUCUCCGCAACCAAAUCGGAUGACGCUGUGGUUGCGAUUCCUUAUGGAAGCAGACAUGUUCGCCUUGUCUUAAAAGGUCCUGAUCACUUGUAUCUGGAAACCAAAACCCUCCAGGGGGCUAAAGGUGAAAACAGUCUCAGCUCCACAGGAACUUUUCUUGUGGACAAUUCUAGUGUGGACUUCCAGAAAUUUCCAGACAAAGAGAUACUGAGAAUGGCUGGACCACUCACAGCAGAUUUCAUUGUCAAGAUUCGUAACUCGGGCUCCAGUGACAGUACAGUCCAGUUCAUCUUCUAUCAACCCAUCAUCCACCGAUGGAGGGAGACGGAUUUCUUUCCUUGUUCGGCGACCUGUGGAGGAGGUUAUCAGCUGACAUCGGCUGAGUGCUAUGAUCUGAGGAGCAACCGCGUGGUUGCUGACCAAUACUGUCACUAUUAUCCAGAGAACAUCAAACCCAAACCCAAGCUUCAGGAGUGCAACUUGGAUCCUUGUCCAGCCAGUGACGGAUACAAGCAGAUCAUGCCUUAUGACCUCUACCAUCCCCUUCCUCGGUGGGAGGCCACCCCAUGGACCGCGUGCUCCUCCUCGUGUGGGGGGGGCAUCCAGAGCCGGGCAGUUUCCUGUGUGGAGGAGGACAUCCAGGGGCAUGUCACUUCAGUGGAAGAGUGGAAAUGCAUGUACACCCCUAAGAUGCCCAUCGCGCAGCCCUGCAACAUUUUUGACUGCCCUAAAUGGCUGGCACAGGAGUGGUCUCCGUGCACGGUGACAUGUGGCCAGGGCCUCAGAUACCGUGUGGUCCUCUGCAUCGACCAUCGAGGAAUGCACACAGGAGGCUGUAGCCCAAAAACAAAGCCCCACAUAAAAGAGGAAUGCAUCAUACCCACUCCCUGCUAUAAACCCAAAGAGAAACUUCCAGUCGAGGCCAAGUUGCCAUGGUUCAAACAAGCUCAAGAACUAGAAGAAGGAGCUGCUGUGUCAGAGGAGCCCUCGUUCAUCCCAGAGGCCUGGUCGACCUGCACAGUCACCUGUGGUGUGGGGACCCAGGUGCGAAUAGUCAGGUGCCAGGUGCUCCUGUCUUUCUCUCAGUCCGUGGCUGACCUGCCUGUUGAUGAGUGUGAAGGGCCCAAGCCAGCAUCCCAGCGUGCCUGUUAUGCAGGCCCAUGCAGUGGGGAAAUUCCUGAGUUCAACCCAGACGAGACAGAUGGGCUCUUCGGUGGCCUGCAGGAUUUCGACGAGCUGUAUGACUGGGAGUACGAGGGGUUCACCAAGUGCUCCGAGUCCUGUGGAGGAGGUGUCCAGGAGGCUGUGGUGAGCUGCUUGAACAAACAGACUCAGGAGCCUGCUGAUGAGAACCUGUGCGUGACCAGCCGCCGGCCCCCACAGCUCCUGAAAUCCUGCAAUUUGGAUCCCUGCCCAGCAAGGUGGGAAAUUGGCAAGUGGAGUCCAUGUGGUCUCACGUGUGGGGUCGGCCUACAGACCAGGGACGUCUUCUGCACCCACCUGCUUUCCAGAGAGCUGAAUGAAACAGUCAUCCUGGCCGAUGAGCUGUGUCGCCAGCCCAAGCCCAGCACGGUGCAAGCUUGUAACCGCUUCAAUUGCCCCCCAGCCUGGUACCCUGCACAGUGGCAGCCGUGUUCCAGAACGUGUGGUGGGGGUGUUCAGAAACGCGAGGUUCUUUGCAAGCAGCGCAUGGCUGAUGGCAGCUUCCUGGAGCUUCCUGAGACCUUCUGUUCAGCUUCAAAACCAGCCUCCCAGCAAACAUGCAAGAAAGAUGACUGUCCCAGCGAGUGGCUUCUCUCAGACUGGACAGAGUGUUCCACAAGCUGUGGGGAAGGCACCCAGACUCGAAGCGCCAUUUGCCGAAAGAUGCUGAAAACCGGCAUCUCAACUGUUGUCAAUUCUACCCUGUGCCCGCCCCUGCCUUUCUCUUCCUCCAUCAGGCCCUGUAUGCUGGCAACCUGUGCAAGGCCCGGGCGGCCGUCCACGAAGCACAGCCCGCACAUCGCGGCGGCCAGGAAGAUCUACAUCCAGACUCGCAGGCAGAGGAAGCUGCACUUUGUGGUGGGGGGCUUCGCCUACCUGCUCCCCAAGACGGCGGUGGUUCUGCGCUGCCCGGCGCGCAGGGUCCGCAAGCCCCUCAUCACCUGGGAGAAGGACGGCCAGCACCUCAUCAGCUCGACGCACGUCACGGUGGCCCCCUUCGGCUACCUCAAGAUCCACCGCCUCAAGCCCUCAGAUGCAGGCGUCUACACCUGCUCAGCGGGCCCGGCCCGGGAGCACUUUGUGAUUAAGCUUAUUGGAGGCAACCGCAAGCUCGUGUCCCGGCCCUUGAGCCCCAGAAGUGAGGAAGAGGCGCUCAUGGGGAGGAAGGCCGGCCCGAAGGAGGCCCUGCAGACCCACAAACACCAGAACGGGAUCUUCUCCAACGGCAGCAAGGCGGAGAAGCGGGGCCUGGCCGCCAACCCGGGGAGCCGCUACGACGACCUCGUCUCCCGGCUGUUGGAGCAGGGCGGCUGGCCCGGAGAGCUGCUGGCCUCCUGGGAGGCGCAGGACUCCGCGGAAAGGAACGCGACCUCGGAGGAGGACCCGGGCGCGGAGCAAGCGCUCCUGCAGCUGCCCUUCACCAUGGUGACCGAGCAGCGGCGCCUGGACGACAUCCUGGGGAACCUCUCCCAGCAGCCCGAGGAGCUGCGCGACCUCUACAGCAAGCACCUGGUGGCCCAGCUGGCCCAGGAGAUCUUCCGCAGCCACCUGGAGCACCAGGACACGCUCCUGAAGCCCUCAGAGCGCAGGACUUCCCCCGUGGCUAUCUCGCCUCAUAAACACGUGUCUGGCUUCAGCAGCUCCCUGCGGACCUCCUCCGCCGGGGACGCCGGGGGAGGCUCUCGAAGGCCACACCGCAAACCCACCAUUCUGCGCAAGAUCUCAGCAGCCCAGCAGCUCUCAGCCUCGGAGGUGGUCACCCACCUGGGACAGACGGUGGCCCUGGCCAGCGGGACACUGAGUGUUCUUCUGCACUGUGAGGCCAUCGGCCACCCAAGGCCUACCAUCAGCUGGGCCAGGAAUGGAGAAGAAGUUCAGUUCAGUGACAGGAUUCUUCUACAGCCAGAUGAUUCCUUACAGAUCUUGGCACCAGUGGAAGCAGAUGUGGGUUUCUACACUUGCAAUGCCACCAAUGCCUUGGGAUACGAUUCUGUCUCCAUUGCCGUCACAUUAGCAGGAAAGCCACUAGUGAAAACGUCACGAAUGACCGUGAUCAACACGGAGAAGCCUGCAGUCACAGUCGAUAUAGGAAGCACCAUCAAAACAGUGCAGGGAGUGAAUGUGACAAUUAACUGCCAGGUUGCAGGAGUGCCUGAAGCUGAAGUCACUUGGUUCAGGAAUAAAAGCAAACUGGGCUCCCCCCACCAUCUGCACGAAGGCUCCUUGCUGCUCACGAACGUGUCGUCCUCCGAUCAGGGCCUGUACUCCUGCAGGGCGGCCAAUCUUCAUGGAGAGCUGACUGAGAGCACCCAGCUGCUGAUCCUAGAUCCCCCUCAAGUCCCCACACAGUUGGAAGACAUCAGGGCCUUGCUCGCAGCCACUGGACCGAACCUUCCUUCAGUGCUGACGUCUCCUCUGGGAACACAGCUGGUCCUGGAUCCUGGGAAUUCUGUUCUCCUUGGCUGCCCCAUCACAGGUCACCCUGUCCCUAAUAUCACCUGGUUUCAUGGUGGUCAGCCAAUUGUCACUGCCACAGGACUGACACAUCACAUCUUGGCAGCUGGACAGAUCCUUCAAGUUGCAAACCUUAGCGGUGGGUCUCAAGGGGAAUUCAGCUGCCUUGCUCAGAAUGAGGCAGGGGUACUCAUGCAGAAGGCAUCUUUAGUGAUCCAAGAUUACUGGUGGUCUGUGGACAGAUUGGCAACCUGCUCAGCCUCCUGUGGUAACCGGGGGGUUCAGCAGCCCCGCUUGAGGUGCCUGCUGAACAGCACGGAGGUCAACCCUGCCCACUGCGCAGGGAAGGUUCGCCCUGCAGUGCAGCCCAUUGCGUGCAACCGGAGAGACUGCCCUUCUCGGUGGAUGGUGACCUCCUGGUCUGCCUGUACCCGGAGCUGUGGGGGAGGUGUCCAGACCCGCAGGGUGACCUGUCAAAAGCUGAAAGCCUCUGGGAUCUCCACCCCUGUGUCCAAUGACAUGUGCACCCAGGUUGCCAAGCGGCCUGUGGACACCCAGGCCUGUAACCAGCAGCUGUGUGUGGAGUGGGCCUUCUCCAGCUGGGGCCAGUGCAAUGGGCCUUGCAUCGGGCCUCACCUAGCUGUGCAACACAGACAAGUCUUCUGCCAGACACGGGAUGGCAUCACCUUACCAUCAGAGCAGUGCAGUGCUCUUCCGAGGCCCGUGAGCACCCAGAACUGCUGGUCAGAGGCCUGCAGCGUACACUGGAGAGUCAGCCUGUGGACCCUGUGCACAGCUACCUGUGGCAACUACGGCUUCCAGUCCCGGCGUGUGGAGUGUGUGCAUGCCCGCACCAACAAGGCAGUGCCUGAGCACCUGUGCUCCUGGGGACCCCGGCCUGCCAACUGGCAGCGCUGCAACAUCACCCCAUGUGAAAACAUGGAGUGCAGAGACACCACCAGGUACUGCGAGAAGGUGAAACAGCUGAAACUCUGCCAACUCAGUCAGUUUAAAUCUCGCUGCUGUGGAACUUGUGGCAAAGCGUGAAGACAGGGCAUGGGGAAGCACUCUACCCUGGCCACAUGAAGGACUCACGCAACCACCUUGGACAGAACCUAAGCUUUCUUCAUUUUAUUUAUUUAUUUCCCCCUCCCCACCCCACACACACCCUUCCAGCCUCCUCCACCUCCAUCCUCAAGCAUGAGGACGUCCGCGUGUUUUCUCUUUCAGUUAGCUGGAGGACGGGAUGUUGGGAAAGGAAAGGACAGAUGUCUAAAGGAGGUUGCAGAGCAGGCCAGGCAGACGGGGAGGCUCCCUUGAAGAGCUUCCUCCCUCCCAAACCUGGGUCUCAAAGACCUAGGAAGAGGCAGGCACAGUCCCUGGGGACAGCAGGGAGCCAGAAGGUUUGUAGCCUAUUGGUGCAAACAUUGGACAAACACCUGUGUCUUUCCUAGAAGUGCACUAUCAGAAACACAGGAGUGUGUUGCUGCUUUGUGUCCUCUUCCCCAUCUGUCCCUUUAGUCAUGGUUAGGACAGAUGGGGAGGGGACACCAUGCUGAGGCAGAAACUAGCCCAGAACUCAGUUCUUCUAGUGGGGGAGUGCAGAGAGAGGAGAACUCAAAUCACCAGUAGGGAGAGGUAAAAAAGCAAACAAAGCAGGCCCUAAGGCACACAACGUUGCAGAAAAUGAAGAAGGGAGGGGAGGGGAGGGGAGGGACAGAAGCAAAAAGGAGCCUGUGCGUGUUCCCCAGUGGGGCAGGGUGAGCAGGGGCUUCCAGGCGUCAUGAGGCUCAUGGACCGGCUCUGAUCCCAUGCAUGUGCGCAUGCUCAGAGCCCUGCUGCCCACGACAGAGCACUGCGCUGCAUGGGAGUCCCCACUCCCCAGGCUAUCAGAGUCAACAUCCUGCCUGUGCAGCUGCGGCAAAGCCAGUGAGAGGUGGGUCUGGCCAUGCAGUAAGGCCACCCUGGCACCUGUUUAUCUCCAUCGGAAGUCCUCCAGCCCUGCACUAACUGCUGCUGUGGACCAGGCCAUUUUUAGCAUGAAUGGGCCAGGUUUUCUGCCUUCUAGGACCUUUGCUGCUCCACUGAAGGGCCAGGGACUAUGGUCAGCUUGUCAACAUCAACCCAUUAACUAGUCACUUUGCCAGAGAGUAUCUGUCAGGCUGUCAGGCUGUAGCAACCUCUUCAUUCCAGAGCUGGCCAGGGACUGGGGUGGGACAGUGGGUUUACGCGCGCCCCACCGUACACCCUCCCUCUCCCAGCCUCCACCCCAGCGGUCUGCAGGCCCUCCCGCAUGUAGUAUUUAUCUAGCAAGGUGGGGUGGUGGAGGCAGCACCCUGGCAAAACAGCUCACACACUGCAGCCACGCUCAUCAGCUGUGGUGAGGCGGCUGGAGCAAAGUCAAGCAGCAAAAUGAAAACUCUGGGACUCUUUGGCAAAAUCCUCAUUAAGCCAGGUAAUUUUUGCCUCCUUCCCUAGAGUGACCUGAGAUUAGGAGCAAGGGUGGCCAGAGUCCCUUACCUUCAGAUAAGCCUCCCCCCUCAUGAAAUGCCACUCACACUGGGGCUACCACUGACAUCAGGGCUGCAUUUUCCAGCCAGCCUGGAAGUAAAAUUUGAGAGGAAGACAAUAUUAAUCUGUGUCACCCCCCCCCACCAGUGAGCUGUGGACAGUUAAGUUGUGUCUCUUUCUUCCUCACCACAAAACUAGGCUCUAAGAAAUUAUGUUACUAAAAAAUCAGUGUAAUGUCUGUUUAAAAUAAAAGAGAAUGUUUUCUAUGUCUGUAUAUCUUUUGUGAAUAUUUAUUAGGAUUUCUUGUAUAAAAAAGUGCAAUAUUAAUAAUUGUACAUUGUCAUCCAGAAAAAAAAACUAUUGGGGGGACUUUAUUAACUUCCUGCAGUUGUGUUCCUGUAAACUUGGUAGUGAUUAUUAUAUUUUUCCUAUUUUUAAUAGAACCUGGUGUUUAACUCUGGAUCCAUUCACUGUACAGGAUGUGUUGUAAAAACUAACAUGGGAUGCUGAGGCAGUAAGAGAGAAUUCAUUUGUGGCGCAAUAGUUGUGCACGGAAUGAUAAAGACAAAUUCCAUACUACUACUAAUGUGGUUAAUUAUUUCUAGUUCACUAGCGAUUGAAAAGCAGUGGUCACUAUUUACAUUUCCUAAAGAACAAGCAAGCAUCCUCCAGCUCCAUGUUGGGUUGGAGCAGUUGGCAGUGGGUCUCAGUGAGCUGGGAGAGCCUAGGUUUGGGUGGGAAGCAGAGUGCUCCUUGCAUGAGAUGAAUGUACAUUUAAUGUUUGUUCUGUAAAUUGCAACUCAGCAGCACCACAAGACAAUGAAGCCUGCUGGCUAAUGUGGAAGGAGGCACUUUCUCCUCUAAAACACAAAACUGUAUUUGUAUUUUUUGUACAGAUAAUACAGCUUAUUUAUUUAAA